AUGUCAACCCCCCCAACAAUCCUCCUCGAGGAUACCCCCACCCCCUCCGAAGCCCUCCUCGCCCUCUUACACGCCCACCUACCACACUCCAUCGCCGUCCUCCGCCACCUCCAAUCCGCCCGCAACUUCCCCGGCGGCAGCACGCCAACCACCCACAUCCUCUACGCCCACCAUUCGGAGACAGACGCGGAGGGGGAUACCAACGCCCCCUUCGCCGCGGCGUUCGUCGACCUCGCGCGCGCGCCAGAGACCCAGCUAUCCAUCUACUCCUCCCUCGAGCGCAGCACAAAUGAGCGCACCAGCACCACCAGCAGCAGCAGCAACGGUGCCGUCGAACCGGGCGACUACCACUGGGCCGGCCGGCCCUUGCAGGACGAAGCGGCACUAGACCUAGUCCUCGCGCUCUUCCGGCGCACGCGGGCGCUCGCCAUCCGAGCCAGCACGGAGCAGCAGCAGGACACGACGACGAUGAUGGUGACGACGACGACGCCGCUCGUGGGCUCGCUGCACGAGACGUGGGAGUUUAAUGGCAAGUGGCUGUUCAGGGUGGAGGACCUGCCGCGCGAGGAGGGCUGGUCGCUGCCGCAGGGGGUGCGGUGGGAUCGGGUGAGGCGGGAGGAUGCGGGGGUUGUGCAGGGGCGGACGAGGGUUACGAGGUUGCCGGAGACGCUGCUUAUGCUGCCGAGUACGGUGAUGAGGUUGGAGGAUGGGACACCAAUCGCGUGGGCGUUUAUGGGACUUGAUGGGACGCUUAUGACAUUACACGUCGAGGAACCAUAUCGCCAGCGCGGUCUAGCAAAGGCCUUGGCCUGCAAGUUAAUGCGGGAGCACAUCUCGGAUUAUAGUGACGACGGUUGGGGGGCCGCCGACGUGUAUGUUGGAAACAGCCAAAGCCAAGCGUUGUGCCGGAGUAUUGGCGGCAAGAAGAGUUGGAUCUUAUCUUGGGCAAAGGUUGAUCUUUCCACUGUGGGAGACCCGAUGUGAAGAGUAGAAAAGGGGUUUUUAUAACAUAUCGAAGUCCAGUCCUCCACAUGCUUUUAGCCGGUUUUACAUGGUACCAUGGCAUUAUAUACACUGAAUACUAGGCCCGCGCUGCUAUUGGGAGUCUGUCUUGGUCAGGCGAUGGAUCUCCUGGAAGAAGAAUUUCAGGUCGUCGGGGUUGACAAAGGGUGUGAUUCCUAGGAUGAUGUUAGCGGCAUGCUGUGUGGUUUUGGUAAGAUAAAUAAACACACCAUGCCCGAGAUUUACGAUCC